UGAUCUCAUGGGGGACAGGAAGAUUUGUCCACCACUUCACGCAGUAACUCAACGUAUACUAAUAGCAAGGCUCCCUUGCAUGAUUCCCUCCUAAAAAUAACUUUACCUCAGCUCUGAUCGAAGGGAAGGCAUGGCGGCAAAUCUGUGGAGGGAUGGAACCGUGGUAACUGCAAUGAGCAGCCCGACCAGCACGGUGGACCCUGGGCAAGCUGUGCCGGAAGACCAGCUGCUGGAAGUGGCUGACAUUGUGGUUCUGGUUGUGUAUUUGUUAUUUGUCUUGGCUGUCGGACUCUGGUCUAUGUACAGGACAAAGAGAAACACAGUGAAGGGCUACUUUCUAGCUGGGAAGGACAUGGUGUGGUGGCCGAUUGGAGCCUCGCUCUUUGCCAGUAAUGUGGGAAGUGGACAUUUCAUUGGAUUAGCUGGCACAGGUGCUGCCUCUGGGAUUGCCGUCAGCGCGUACGAGUUAAACGGAAUGGUCAUUCUGAUCCUGCUGGCUUGGUUUUUCCUUCCCAUCUACAUUGCAGCCGAGGUCACCACAAUGCCUGAAUAUCUACUAAAGCGAUUUGGAGGUCAAAGGAUCCGACUCUUUAUUACAAUUCUCUAUUUGUUCAUCUAUAUAUUUACAAAGAUAUCAGUAGAUAUCUAUGCAGGAGCUGUCUUUAUACAACAAGCUCUCAAGUGGGAUUUGUACAUCGCCGUGGUUGGGUUAUUGGUGAUCACCACCCUCUACACUGUUGGAGGUGGACUAGCAGCAGUGAUAUAUACUGAUGCACUCCAGACCGUCAUCAUGCUGAUUGGGGCUCUGAUUCUCAUGGGAUACGCUUUCAAUGAAAUUGGAGGUUACUCAGCACUUCAGGAGACAUACUUCUAUGCCAUUCCAAGUGUUCGUGACCUCAACACCUCCUGUGGCUAUCCAAGAAAAGACGCUUUCCACAUUUUCCGGGAUCCUGUGACCUCGGACUUCCCUUGGCCGGGUGUACUGAUUGGAAUGACAAUCCCUUCCAUCUGGUAUUGGUGCACAGACCAGGUAAUUGUCCAGAGGUCCCUGUCUGCCAGGACACUCCUCCAUGCCAAGGGUGGUUCCUUGUUUGCUGCCUAUUUGAAAGUCUUGCCUGUCUUCUUAAUGGUCCUCCCAGGCAUGGUCAGCAGAGUGCUCUUUCCAGAUCAGGUGGCUUGUGCUGAUGCCGAAACCUGCCGUAGGAUCUGCGGUAACCCAGUUGGUUGCUCGGACAUUGCCUACCCGAAGUUGGUAAUGGAGUUAAUGCCAGGAGGACUACGUGGCCUGAUGAUGUCAGUCAUGAUUGCUGCUCUCAUGUCCUCACUCACUUCAAUCUUCAACAGCGCGAGCACUUUAUUUACGAUGGAUAUCUGGCAUCACCUCCGGCCCCUCUGCUCCGAGUGGGAGCUCAUGGUUGUUGGCAGGGUGUUUGUGCUGGCUCUGGUGGUGCUGUCUGUCCUCUGGAUUCCUCUAGUGCAAAUGAGCCGAGGUGGCCAGCUCUUCAUGUACAUCCAGUCCAUCAGUUCCUACCUGCAGCCUCCAGUGGCAGUGAUCUUCAUUGCAGGAUGCUUCUGGAGACGGACAAAUGAGAUGGGUGCAUUCUGGGGCCUCCUUCUGGGGGUCCUGGUCGGCUGCUGUCGAAUGGUUCUGGAUUUUAUUUACCCUGAGCCUCUGUGUGGUCAGCUGGACAACCGGCCACUGAUCACCAAACACGUUCACUACCUCCACUUCUCCAUCCUUCUCUCUGUCUUCACACUGAUCAUGGUGGUGGCCAUCAGUCUCAGCACCAAGCCUCCGCACCCUGAGCAGAUUAAACGCUUGACCUGGUUCACCCAUUCCGACAAAGUCAACUCUGUGGCAAGCCAGGCCGAAGCAGAUUUACCAAUACCUGGUGUGAGACAAUCUGAUCAAAAAAACCAAGAGGAAAUCAGCAAUACAAAUGACAUCACUGUCGUGACAGAACAACUUGAAGAAGAUAAGGCUAAUUCAGUGGAAAUCAUCAACUUGAGCCAUAUCCAUAUUUCAGUAGGUGGAUCAGACAAGCAAAGGCCGAAACUGAUUUCGUUUAUUUUGUGGUUCUGUGGGAUGGAUAAGAAUGAAGAAGCAGAGAGUCCUGCACUCCCCGAAGCACCAGCCAACGUGAACAUGUUCAAGGAGGAACCUCAUUUGCGCUAUUUCAUCAAUGCUAAUGUAAUUGUGUGCUUGAGUGCUGCUGUUUUUCUCUUUGCUUACUUUGCUUAAAAAAAUGGAAUGAUGCAAUAUUUCUUACAUUUACAAUAGAGGAAAGGUUUACGUCAAAAAA